CAUGGGUGAACAAUUUUUAGGGACACGUUUUUGUCUAGAUAGUGUCACUUUUACAACCAGUCGGGCAAAAUCGCGCAUAUCAUCUUAAACUGCCAAUUUAUUUUUCAACGAACACCUUAUUGUAAAAAUGUUUUCAUUUAGAAAGACUAAUUUAAGUGGUUUCUUGCAACACUGGGCAAGUAACUUCGCUCGCUAGUGUACAUCGACGGUUUAAUUGAAUUCUGGGAGGAUGUGACUUUCCUACAUGAAAAACAGGGCAACACUGACAUCAGCUUUUUGGAAAAGAGGAAAAACAUCUUGUCAGCACAUUCCAUACAUGUAACUCCCCCAGCAAACAGAUGUACAAGGUUUCCCUAUUUCCAUAGAGGAUCCAACCAUGUUCACCUCACGUGACUUGCUGUGAUUAAAAAAGUGGUGUCAGAAUGUGUGGGAGUGGGUCUCUCUCUCUCUCUGAUUGCGUCAGAAGGGAUAACAGCAAAGGAUAACAAGCAUCUCCAACUAGCUGUGCUUGCCUUAGGCCUCCUCCCUGUCCUGUAAUUUAUUUCAAGGACAAGAGAGCCUCCCAAACAACCAACUGACAUUUCAGUAGUUUGGGUUGGAUGCUUCCCACCACAGAAUUUCCAAGAAGGAUGGAGAAAUGUCCAGAGUCCUCUCACCACUCUUCAAAAGCUGCAAGGGUGGCCAAGAGGGAAAGAUCCGGAUCCCCGACUUCCAGGGGCCACCGUCACAGGAGCACCAAAACGGUAAGGCUACCAGAGGAACACAGGAGGAAAGAGAGACCAAGGAGGGAUCUCCAGAUGCCAGAGACUAAGGGAGAGGCGGAUGAAGCGAUAGAUGGUCCAGUGAAGUCCACCUCAACUGUUGUGGAUGUGGACAAUGUGAGGCAGGAGGGAGAGGAGAACCAUGAGUUCAUGUCACUUCUUGAGAGCGAGUGGCAGGAAGAUGGCAUGAAAGAAAAGAGUCUUGGGGUGUUUGAGUGGCUCCUCUUGGUGUUGGCUCUAGCCCUUGUCAUCCUAUUCUGUCCUUUUUCCAUCUGGUUCUGUGUGAAGGUGGUGCGGGAGCACGAGAGAGCCGUGAUCUUCCGAUUGGGUCACCUACUGCGAGGGAGACCCAGGGGACCAGGCCUACUCUUUUACUUCCCACUUCUUGAUGUUUGCCAUAAAGUGGACAUCCGUCUGAAAAUGCUUAAGGUGCCACCUCACACAGUGGUAACCAAGGAUCUGGUGAGCACCGAGGUGAGUGCGGUGUGCUACUACCGAAUAGAGAAUUUGGCUCGAUGCUGCACGGCUUUGUCCAUGGUGAUCCCGGUGCUCCAGGCCCUUGUGCAGGAGGCCGACAGAUACGUUUUAGCCCACCACAACUUUACCCACAUCCUUCUGGACCGGAAGAGGAUCUCCCAGGAGAUACAGGUUUCUAUUGAUUCCAUAGCUUGCCAGUGGGGGAUCAAAGUGGAGAGAGCAGAGAUAGAGGACCUUUGUCUUCCCCUUGAGCUACAGCAGAGCCUUGCGGCAGAAGCUGAGGCUAAGAGACAAGCCCAAAUCAAAGUGAUUGCAGCAGAGGGAGAGAAGGCAGCUUGUGAGGCUCUGAAGGCUUCGCUGGACUCCCUCUCUGGCUCCCCUGCCGCCGUCCACCUCCGUCUCCUUCAGCUGCUACACACUUUCCGCACCGAGAGCCCAGCUAUAGUCCUCACUCUCCCCUCUGACCUCCUAACCCUACCCUCUGACCUCAAACCUAUAACCUUUCCCACCCCAGUGCCAUUUGUGGCCACGACCAAUUCCAGUUCAACCGGAGGAGAGACCAAAGGGGAAGAAAGGACCGACUCCCCCAUGAUGUAGCAGAUUGAAACCAAGGGAAGCAUCUUAAUUCAGAAUUGUGGCUGCCCUUGUCGGCAGAACUAUUGGUUCGCUGGUCGAUACCAGAGAACCAAUAGGCUUUGGCCACUGCAGUUCUCCAAUAUCAAUGAAAAUAAUGCACAUUUUUUAAAAAGCAUUUUUUUUAUGUAUUAAUGUGAAAAGUACACCCCCUGGAAAGUUGUUUUUUUCUUUACAUAUUUGGACACAGAUAUUUGAGAUACAUUUCAACCACAUCCCAAAUUUUUUUUUAAAUCACUCCAAAAACGUUUACUUUGAAAGUGGUGGAACUGGAAUUGCCAAGGUUUACAGAUUAUUCCAAAAACCAUUUAUGUAAUUAUAAUAAACAGAAAUGCAUGUGUGUAUGGUAAGACAUCAUGCCAAUCAAAAGACCUUUCCAAGUCCCAAAAAAGAAAUAUUAUUAUUGCCCAUGUCUGUGAGGGGUUACAAGGCCAUUUCCAAGUUAUUUUAAGUACAUAAUCCCACUGUCUGAUGGAUCAUCUACAUAUGGAGAAAUACCUGACCACAGACAAUCUACAUAGGACAGGUCAUCACACCAGAUUCCCUAAGAGUUGACAGAAAGAUGGUCAUAGAAGUCUUUAAGAACUCCAGAGUCAGGGGCGGCCCAGAAUGUUCUGCCGCGCUAGGCAAGACUAAAUGAAAUGCAUCGAAUUUGAUUGUCUGACAUCAGUUUCAGCAUUUAUUUAGUCUCCACCUAGAGUGGCUUUUAGCUACCAAGGAUAGUGGGAGUGAACUACAGAAGUGUGAACGUGGUGAGGGAGGGAACUGCAGCAACACAAGGAGUUGGAGGCUGGGUUGCCGCCGACGGCUGCUGACCAAACGAGGCUUCAUUAGCUUUAAUUUAGCAGCAGGAUAUUAUGCUGGCAGCACUCAGAUUUUGUUGAUCAC